ACUCAGCAGAGCAGCAGACGCUCAAGGCUCUUGUUGGACCUCACAACAGAGAUCGGAGGGGGGCAUGUGACUCUCCCGGACCCCUGGACACACGAAACCUGAAGAUUCCAGCAGCCUUGGAGCAUGGCAAGUCCAGAGCAUCCUGGGAGCCCUGGCUGGACAGGACCCAUAAGCCAAUGCACGCCAAGGACCAGGCAAGAAGCAUUGCCCUCAGGCCCAGACCUCCCAUGUCCAGGACCAGAAGAACACUUAGAAGCCCAGGAUAGCCCCAGCUCCAACUCCAGCAUGACCACGAGGGAGCUGCAGGAACACUGGCAGAAGGAGAAGAGCCGCUGGCGACAUGUCAAGCUGCUCUUUGAGAUCGCCUCAGCCCGCAUUGAGGAGAGGAGAGUCUCCAAGUUCGUGAUGUAUCAGGUCGUGGUCAUCCAGACCGGGAGCUUCGACAGCAACAAGGCGGUGGUGGAGCGGCGCUACUCGGACUUCGAGAGGCUGCAGAAGGCCCUCCUGAAGCGCUUCGGGCCGGAGCUGGAGGACGUGGCCUUCCCGCGGAAGCGCCUCACAGGGAACCUGUCUGCCGAGACCAUCUGCGAGCGCCGCCUGGAGCUGCGCGACUACCUGCGGCUGCUGAAUGCCGUGCGCGCCGUGCGCCGCUCGCGCGAGUUCGCCGACUUCCUGACGCGGCCCGAGCUGCGCGAGGCCUUCGGCUGCCUGCGCGCUGGCCAGUACGCACGCGCGCUCGACCUGCUGGGCCGCGUGCUGCCGCUGCAGGAGAAACUGACCGCGCACUGCCCGAGCGCCACGGUGCCUGCGCUCUGCGCCAUGCUCGUGUGUCUGCGCGACCUGGAGCGGCCGGCCGAGGCCUUCGCUGUGGGCGAGCGCGCGCUGCAACGCCUGCGGGCCCGCGAGAGCCACCGCUACUAUGCCCCGCUGCUGGACGCCAUGGUGCGCCUGGCCUACGCGCUGGGCAAGGACUUCGCAUCGCUGCAGAGCAGGCUGGAUGACAGCCAGCUCCGGAGGCCCACACACAGGGGCUUCACCCUAAAGGAGCUCACGGUGCGAGAGUAUCUGUCCUGAGCCGGCCUGGCAGCUUCCCUGGCUGGACAGUGACCUGGGUCACCAUCGCUGGCGGGCUGCUUGGGGCCAUCGCGGGUGGGUUUUGCUGGGCAGCUUUGGACAAGCCCCUCUUUACUGUGUCUGCUAAGCAGAGGGGUUCCUGCGACCUCUUGGGUGUAAGGUUCUCGGAACCCUCAGCCCACAAGCUUAGCUGUCAAAACGUUGCAGGUACUUUGGACGCUGGCAUCUCGGAACAGGGAGGAUUUGCCUACCACAGAAUGAGUUAGAGGCCAGCCUGGGCAAUUUGGUGAGACUGUCUCAAAAGAGAAUGUAGCUCAAUGGCAGAAUGCUUGCCAAGCAUAUGAGACGCCUUUGGUUCAAUCCCUAAUACUAAAAUAAAAGAAAAAAAAAGUGCCCUUUUUUGUAAGCAGCCAGGGGAGAAAUUUGCAGGCUCACCAUGCACAAAUGUGUAAUGUGCUUCCUCAAAGCUGCUCCCUCCUCCUGCCCCCUGCUCCUAUCACCCUAGCAUCAGUUGCAAAUUUCCACCCAUUAGCCCAGAGUCCUAGCUCCUCGCAUCAGUGUCAGCCACGUGGUGCUCAGGAGAAGCCAGUCCCCCAGCCUACCCCCAGGGUGGCCACUCUUUGAAAGGCAAAAGGAUGCUGGGGACUCGGGUGUGGUAGUUCAAGUAGGGAGACUGAGGCACGAGAAUCACAAGUUUAAGACCAAUCUAGGUGUUAAAAAAUUGAGUCUCAAAAAGUAAAAGGAUAAAGAAAGCCACACAAGCCCAAGGCGCUGAGGCACUGUGGUGUUUGUAAAUGAAGUUGCCAGUAGCAGUGUCCAGCCGCGUUGCCCAGGGGUGGCUUUUCACCAUAAGGCAGCUGUGCCUUUGUCAGCUCCCUCGGGCCUUGUACACACAGAGGGAAGGAAGUGGAGUGAGAUAAGGGAUGGGCUCUGGGGAAGUAAAGAAAUCCUUAACAGCUCUCCCCGAGAGUCCGUGUCCAUGGAAGCUCUGAUAGCGUGGGAUGCUCUGAUGAAGCCUACUUUCAGGAGAAGACAGCCUCAGACUUCGUUGUGAAUGGAGAUCUGGACGAAUGAGCCGAGCUGAUGGUACAGUCUGGCGUGAAGACUUAACCAGCUGCUGAAUUUAGAGUGAGUGAACCAAGAGACCAAGGCACCACUUGACCUGAGCUGGUACCUGGUGUAGGAAGUUAGGUCUUCCAGGAUAGGCAUUCACCAAACUGCACCCAAAUCAAGUUCAACAGCGACCCCUUGUGGCAACUGCCAUAAUGGCCCCAUGAAGGUCUUUAGAAUAAAGAAGACAGAAAGCCUUCCCUCAAGCAGCUUUUCCAGGAAGACACAGCAAGUGGGAAAUACUGGGCUUCUUGAAAAGCAGGUCUUACGGGAAAUUAAAAGCUGUGUCUGUUUGUACUGAUUUUGUAAGCUAUUCCUUCAAGUCUAAAAUGUACUCAAUAAAACGCAGCAAAGAAAACAGUGCUAUAUAGAGAGCUAAAUAGGAAACUCUAGGGGAAAAAGGUGAGUGACCAAAGAACUGGAUUCUCACUGUAAGGCUCAAAACUGGUUGAGCCAAAACCACUGCCAUGAUUUGAAUGCCCUCACUUUGAACUCUGAUUGUGAAAUAUUAAGAAGGUGGAAUCUGAGUGGUGGUGCACACCUGUAAUCCCAACACUCGAGGGUGGCUGAGGCGGAGGCCGGAGGAUCGUGUGUUCCAGGACUGCCUGGGGUGGAAACUUGUAUGGUGUCUGGAGGUGGUACCUUUGGGACAAAAUGGGCACCAGACCAGAGCAUGAGAAACAGGCCCCUGCAAUUGCACUGGUGACUCCGUCAGCGGAGUCUGCCUGCUCUGUCUUUCCUUGUGAUGCUCUGCACAGCCUUGGGACGCUGCAGAGACCCACCAUUUAUAAGUCCCUUAUCAGAAACAGCCCUUGACUUUGGACCUCCAGAACCAAGAGCUGAACAAGCUUCUGUUCUUUCUGAAUCAUGCCGUGUGUGGUGGCUGGCUACUGGACAGAAAAUGGGCCAAGACUCAUACACACUCCACCCUGCAACUGAGGACAAUGAUGACAAGACUGAGGUGGGAAACCUCCGGAAAUCAGGACUGCAAUCUAGCACUCACCCACACCUCAGGUUGGCUAACCAUAGUUUGGUCCAAAAUAGCUCCAGCAAGGAGGCUGGGCUCAAGUGCUCUCUGGUAGAGAUAUCCAUCCUUGCCACUGUAAUGGAGAUAAAAGGAAUCUUAUUCAAAGAGAGUGUUCGGCACUAAAAUGUGCAUCACAAAACUAUGACUGAGCCAUGUGUCGGGGGACUAAAUGCAUUGGAUGCAUGGAUGUGAGUGUAGAGGGGUGUUCAGUGUACAUACUAGAAUAGCUACAGCAUCAUGUAGGGGGUUCCCCUCAGUGCCUCUCAAGAAGGACCAGUCCCGCAGUGUGCAGGGAAGGACUUGUCCUGUUAAUCUGAGAAAGGCAAAAGCAGCUGCAAGACCCCUGCUCACCUCUUGCUAAUGGUGCCCGAUGCUUCCCUCCUGUCGUGUGAACUUUUCAUUUGGACAAAUUUGAAUAAACAUCAAAUGGUGCUUCA